CUGGCAAUUCGCAGGCCUGUAACGUGAUAAAUCGUAAUGGCGGAUGUGGUUCUAUUUCUUUUCUAUAAAACUUUUGAGGUACAGCAUGCUGACAACUGAGUAGAGUUUACGAAUCUGCCAUCUCACACAGAUAGGUAGACUGUUAGAUGUUGAGCUUGUCUUCAUUGAUCUUGUGAACGAGGAUGGAGGAACUAAAACAACUCGAGCAACUUUCCCUCGUGUCAAAGAUAUGUACGGAGCUCGACAAUCAUCUUGGCAUCAAUGACAAAGAUCUUGCUGAAUUCAUUAUUGCGCUUGCUGAAAAAAACUCAACCCUAGACAGCUUUAAAUCUGCACUAGCUGAAAAUGGGGCAGAAUUUCCAGAUUCCUUCACCUCAAACUUGUUACGUCUGAUACAAAAAAUGAAGCCAAGUGAAGUUGUCCCUGCAGGACCUUCAAAAGACAAUACAACAGAUGAAACCAUUGAUCCAGAUCUGUAUGCAAAAAAGAAGAAAUUCCCUGGACUGUCUAUACCAGAUAAAGAGUUUGAACCAGUAGUGAAGAAUACUGUGGAAGAUGAGAAAGUUGCCGCCUCAGCAUUAGAUGAGUUAGAGGCUUUAAUUCCAAAGACAGAAAAGGCUUCCAAGACUGACAGAAGAAAAGAGCAUAGAAGAAACAGGAGUAGAAGUAGGGAAAGGGAAUCUAAAAGAGAUCACAGGUCAAGACAAAGAUCUAGAUCAAGGUCAGAAAGUCCUGCCCGUGAGAGCAGGAGAGACCGUGAUAGACACAGAGAGGGAGACAGACACAGACACAUAGAAAGAGAUGAUGACAGAGAAAGAUCCAGAGACAGAUACUCUGACAAAGAAGACAAGUCAAGAAGAAGAAGAGAUCAAGAAGGUGGCAGACAUGGAUCAAGCAGGGUAGAACAGGCACCGCCCAGUGCACCAGUUGUCAAUCAGGUGUAUACUGGGAAAGUCACAAGUCUCAUGCAGUUUGGCUGUUUUGUCCAGCUAGAAGGUCUCAAGGGAAGACAUGAGGGUCUCGUACAUAUAUCCCAGCUUCGUAGGGAAGGUCGUGUGGCCAAUGUGUCAGAUGUUGUGCACAGAGGACAAAGAGUCAGGGUUAAGGUGCUUUCCAUGGCAGGGAAUCGAAUAAGCUUAAGCAUGAAGGAUGUCGACCAAGACACAGGGGAAGACUUGAAUCCUACCCGGAGUAGGCAGCCAAUUGGUGGAGAGCUGAAUGACAUGGCAAGAAACCCUGAUAGACCUGCUGGUAUUCCUGUGGUACCUGUUUAUGAUGAAGAUGACGCUAAGCUCAAGCGUAAGGUGCAGCGUAUCACCUCUCCCGAGAAGUGGGAGCUGAAGCAGCUGAUUGCAGCAGGUGUUCUGGACAAGUCUGAUUACCCAGACUUUGAUGAGGACACUGGAAUUUUACCUAAAGAAGAUGAUGGUUCAGAUGAAGAUGUUGAGAUUGAAAUGGCAGAUGAGGAGCCAGAAUUCCUGCGAGGUCAGACCAAGCUUAGCAUAAACAUGAGUCCUGUCAAAAUUAUUAAGAACCCAGAUGGCUCACUACAGCGUGCCGCAAUGACUCAGAGUGCAUUGGCCAAGGAAAGGAGGGAGCUGAAGCAGGCCCAGCGUGAAGCGCAGGCAGACAGCAUCCCUAAAGACCUCGGCAAGCUCUGGGUGGAUCCGGUUCCUGAUGCUGAUGGUGACAAGCCAUAUUUUGCGCAGGACAUGCGUGGUAUGAACCUGGCCUCGCAAGACAUGCCAGAGUGGAAGAAAGCAAGUUUCGGUGGAAACAAGGCAUCUUACGGCAAGCGAACGAACCUCACCAUUAUACAGCAGCGAGAAGGACUACCCAUCUUUAAGCUCAGAGAUGAGCUCGUCAAGGCCGUUCACCAAAACCAGGUUCUAAUCGUGAUCGGUGAGACUGGCAGCGGCAAGACCACCCAGAUCACCCAGUACCUAGCAGAGCAAGGUUUCCUCACCCAAGGAAAACUAGCGUGCACCCAACCGCGUCGCGUUGCAGCAAUGUCCGUGGCCAAGCGUGUGUCAGAAGAGUUCGGCUGUCGUCUAGGCCAGGAGGUUGGCUACACCAUUCGAUUCGAGGAUUGCACGAGUCCUGAGACAAAAAUUAAGUACAUGACUGACGGGUUCCUGCUGAGAGAAUGUCUGAUUGAUCCGGAACUUAAGCAAUACUCUGUCAUUAUGCUGGAUGAAGCCCACGAGCGUGUCAUUCACACGGAUGUCUUGUUUGGCUUGAUGAAAAAGGCGGUUCAGAGAAGGCCUGACUUGAAGCUCAUCGUUACCUCCGCUACUCUCGAUGCUGUCAAGUUUUCUACCUUCUUUUUCGAGGCCCCUAUCUUCACUAUCCCCGGUCGUACAUUUCCGGUGGAAAUUCUUUACACAAAGGAGGCUGAAUCCGACUACCUAGACGCAGCUCUCAUAACCGUCAUGCAAAUCCACUUGACCGAGCCACCUGGUGACAUCCUGGUGUUUCUCACAGGUCAAGAAGAGAUUGACACAGCAUGUGAAAUUCUGUACGAACGCACCAAAUCUCUGGGUCCGGAUGUGCCCGAGCUCAUCAUCCUCCCAGUGUACAGCGCCCUCCCCAGCGAGAUGCAGACAAGGAUCUUUGACCCCGCCCCUCCCGGCAGUAGGAAGUGCGUCAUUGCCACGAAUAUCGCCGAGACGUCGCUCACUAUCGAUGGCAUCUACUACGUGGUAGAUCCUGGCUUCGUGAAGCAGAACGUGUAUAACUCCAAGUCAGGCAUGGACGCCCUUGUUGUCACACCCAUCUCGCAGGCCCAGGCUAAACAGCGAUCGGGUAGAGCUGGCCGGACGGGGCCUGGAAAGUGCUACCGUUUGUACACAGAGCGCGCGUAUAGAGAUGAGAUGUUGGCCACCGCUGUCCCGGAGAUCCAGCGUACUAACUUGGCGAGUACUAUACUUUCGCUCAAAGCGAUGGGAAUCAACGAUCUGCUGUCCUUCGACUUUAUGGAUCCGCCGCCAAUGGAGACGAUGAUCUCAGCCAUGGAAGCUCUUCACUCGCUUAGCGCACUCGACAAUGAAGGCCUGCUGACACGGCUCGGUCGCCGUAUGGCGGAGUUCCCUCUCGAGCCUCAGCUUUCUAAGAUGUUGAUUCAGUCGGUUCAUUUGGGCUGCAGUGACGAGAUUCUAACUAUCGUCUCCAUGCUGUCGGUGCAGAAUGUCUUUUAUCGGCCAAAGGACAAACAAGCUUUAGCGGACCAAAAGAAAGCCAAGUUCCACCAGCCCGAGGGAGACCACCUGACCUUGCUAGCGGUCUAUAAUUCGUGGAAAAACAACAAGUUCUCGAAUGCCUGGUGCUUCGAGAACUUUGUGCAAGCGAGAUCUCUUAGGCGAGCGCAGGACAUCCGCAAACAGAUGCUUGGACUAAUGGAUAGACAUAAGCUGGACGUGGUGUCGUGUGGCAAGCACACCGCGAGGGUACAGAAGGCCAUCACCAGUGGCUUCUUUCGUAACGCGGCGAGGAAGGACCCCCAGGAAGGCUACCGGACCGUGGUGGAUAACCAAGUUGUGUAUAUACACCCUUCAAGCGCGCUUUUCAAUCGUCAGCCCGAAUGGGUGGUCUACCACGAACUUGUCUUGACUACGAAGGAGUACAUGCGAGAGGUCACAACAAUUGACCCAAAGUGGCUGGUAGAAUUCGCCCCGUCCUUUUUCAGGGUUGCAGAUCCCACUAAACUCAGCAAGAGGAAACGACACGAGAGGCUUGAGCCACUCUACAACAGAUACGAGGAGCCAAACGCCUGGCGUAUCUCACGCGCUUUCAGGAGAAGAUAACAAAAGUAGGAGUGAUGGAAGCAGGAGUCUGUGGUAGUCGAGUUAGAGGGCUAGAAAGCAAAGUAUACUUCAGACAGAUUUACUAUCUCAAGAUAAUGAGGACGCAAACCCUUUCUUUCUCGUUAAUCUUAACCUCCUGGUGUCUUGUUAUUCGCAUUCACAGUGUCGAGAGUAAAUCUAUGAAUAUUGUAAAUACCGACUUGGAGCACAUAUAUGUUUUUUACCCCAUUAAAACUGAAAACUUCCGCGCCUUUCCAUCACUUUAUUAUGGACCCGAAUUCCAACUCGCUUACAACAAUAAGGACAUGGGUGGGGAUGCCAGUUUUAUUAACUAUGGAGCUUUGUGUAUCGUCAUUUUAAUUUAUCUAGUAGAAAAAUAGAUACUAACAAUAUAAUAGGUACCGUGAAAUACAGCCAGUCGUAGUUCGUGAGACAGUACCAACACAUCGUUCCAUUAUACACCUGGAUCAGACUCUGAAAUAAAACACUGCAAACCGUUACUUUAGUGGCGCACAUAGCCUGUAAUUCAGUUACACUGCAAAAGGCUUUAAUAAACAAUAUUAUUAUUACUA